AUGACUAUUCAAAGACGUCAACUUGCUCUUCGUCCCAUUGAGAUUACAAACGAACAAUUGAUAGAAAUUCUUUCCACUUUGAAAACUAAUAUGACAGCCAUGGGAAAUAACAUGGCAGCUGAUAUGUCAAUUGUACAAGAACAAAUCGGCACUGUUGAAGAUAAAUUGCUAAACAUGAAUAGCAGAAUUAAUGUUCUUGCCACCAGCAGCAUUGAGACAAUCACUGAUAUUGACAGUUUAAGCAGGGCCCCCCUCGUUUCCCCUACCAAUACAAUGGCUAAUGUUUCUCAGCCUGCCUUCAACGCUCCAUAUGAGUUUAGCAAGAAGGCCUCUAAUGAUGUUUAUGCCCAUAUUCGUAAUCUCAUGUGGGAUCCCAAGCUGAAAACAAUAAAUCAAGUUGAUAUCCUGGCAAAUGAGAGUAAGCCCAGAUGGAAUACAAAUGUUUUCUUUUAUAAGUCGCCAAACAAGGAGUUGGUGGUGCGACUUCUUGAAAACUUGAAGCGCAAGUGUAUCCAUAAGGGAUUUAGAGAGGCAAACUUCAGAGCAAGACUGCACAAAAACUUCAUCAGCCAGAAUCAUACUCGCCGUUUACUUGUAUACACAGACAACAAAGAAGCAAUUGAUCUACAAAUGAAGAGAGAUUGUGACUUCACAAUGCAAAUGGCAGCAAUGUCCAAUGGAGAAUCUGCAGAUGAAGACUUUGAGAAUCGCACAAAGAGCAUCGUCAAGAUUGUUCGGCCAGGAUGGAGAAGUGACGAGUUCAAUACUCUUAUUAAACUUGUUGAUAAGUAUGUUAUUGAAGCAAUGGGGUCAAGUGCUUUUCAAAUGAAAGAGAGGGUUUUCACCAGUGUGUCUAAUACAGCAGUCCCAGAUGACAUAACCUCCAAACUUCCUCAGUGGGCCCUUAGAGAUGGGUACUAA